ACUGUAGUUAAAAAAAAAAAAAAAAGCCUGUGUAGGCUGUUAGGUAGAAGGUAACUUGAUGGAAACUACUUCAGAGCUUCUGUUCAGAAAUUUAACUGAACUGGAUGUUUCCAUUUGAUUAUUGGCCCUCUGAAUUAAGUUUCACGGAAGCUACAAAUUGUGCAACAAAUAUGCGAAGAAACUUCUAAGCUUCCUUUUCCAUGGAGGUUGAAACCUAGUGUUUCUACCAUUCAAGUCCUUUAAAAAUCAAAUCGGCCAAAGCAGAGGGGUACUCUUCACUUUUUCAGCAACUUGAAGGCCUCUUUGUGUAGUUAUCCCAUCAGUUUAGGUAAUAUGCAUUCUAGGUGUUUGCUUUAUUGCCUCUGAGAGCUACCCAGUUGGUACCGGCCGCUAUCUUUCUUUCUUUCUUCUUUUCUUUUUUUUUUUUUUGGGUGGGGGGCAUAAUUGGGUCGUAUCUGUUAUCAUCAGAGUUUUUCCUAUAUAUCCUUAAAAAGACCUCUCAUGUGCUAAUACUCUAGCUUUAGGAUGUCAAGAGCAAAAGUUAUAGUACUGUUCGGCUUCAUGGCCCUUGCUUUGUCUCUUUUUCCUGAUGUUUGUGUGGCUCAUUGUGUCCCUUCUUCCUGUGGAAGCCUCAUUGUAAGUCCCCCUUUCCGGUUGAAAAGUGAUCCUAUCAAGUGUCCUGAGUCAGAGUAUGAACUAGUUUGCGAGAACAACCGCACGGUGUUGCACACCAGUGCAUGCGGAAAAUUCUUUGUGAAGGAAAUCUCUUAUGAGAAGCGGACAGUUCGACUGCUAGAUCCCAGUCUCGAUAGGAAUAAAUGUUCCUUUCCCUGCUCCCUUCUUCUUUCAUUUCCAUGUCGGGCUCUGUCUUAUUUUAUGUCUAUCACCGAGAAUAGCAUCAUGUAUGUUUUAAAUUGCAAUAUGAGGAUGAACUCAGCACUCUAUGUGGAUGCCUCCAAUUGCACCAAUAGCUCUUCCUCUCCACACACCUACUUUUUUCUUUUCAAUGAUUCCCAAACACAGGUUUCGGAUUUCAAUGAAUCAUGCAAAAUUGAAGCCCAGUUUCCGGUCAUGCUAUCCAAUAUCUCAGGCCUCUCUGCUUCUGAUAUUUACGAUGAUCUGCUAAUGGGCUUCGAACUGAAUUGGUAUUGGUUCCGCGCCAAUAACUCGGACUGCAGGUCGACCAGUUGGCGUGAGAGGAUGUAAGUAUUCAAGAAUUUCUUAAGUUUUAUUUUUUCUGAAGUACUUUUAACGAAACUUUAUUUAGCAUAUCAUAAUUAACUUUAAUAAGAGCAUGCUCACAUAUGCUUGAAAUCUCAGAAAUGAUGAUAAUAUAGCAAUAGAAGACUUGAAUUUCCUAUUCCUCUUGAAAUCUAAUAAAGUUAUCCAUGUCAU